AAAAGCCUGAGGGUACAGAGUUGAUGUAGCCACUGGCCACAAGUUAAGUUUGCACAUGAACUGUACAUUAAUUCGCUUUUUCUAGUAUCUUUUAUAUUAAAAACUUUGCAGCGAGCACCCCCAGCAGGCUGAAAUGAAGACACUCGUUUUGGGAGUUGGUGGGGUGACUAAUGGAGGUAAAUCUACUCUUUCUAAGAGUCUACACAAGCAGGUACCCAACAGCUGUCUCAUUGCACAGGAUGCAUAUUUUAAGGAUGAUUCUGUGGUACCAGUGGACAUCAAUGGGUUUAAGCAAUAUGACAUGCUUGAUGCUCUUCACAUGGACACCAUGAUGAGAGAGGUGGAGUCUUGGCAAAAAGACCCUGUGGCGUUCCUGCGGCAGCGAGGCCGUGAACACACCACAGCAUCAGCGGAGGAAGAGGAGGUUUAUGUGCUGAUCGUGGAGGGCUUCCUCAUUUUUAACCACAGGCCUCUGAGUGAGCUAAUUUACAAAAAAUACUUCAUGGAAGUACCUUACGAUGUCUGCAAAAGGAGACGAAGUUCGAGGGUGUACACACCUCCUGAUCCUCCAGGAUACUUUGAUGGAUACGUGUGGCCAUUGUACCUGAAGAACCGUCUGCAGAUGGAGAGCAUGGUGUCUGGAAUAUUAUUUCUGGAUGGACUGAAGCCAAAGGAAGAGCUGCUGGCUGUGGUGUGUAAAGAUGUCUGUCAGGAACUAGAAAGGCUCAGGGAGGACGACUGAAAUGUUUGGAGUUUUAUUUGUUUACCUUUUGAAGAUGGAAACUGCUGCUCCUAUGAAUGUCAGGAAAGUUCAAAUGUUUUGGCUUGUGUGACUUUAAGGACCAAAUCAAGUAUUAAUGGUUAUGUUAAACCUACAAUAGUUAAUGUAGCUAAAAUGUGAACUAGAACAUUAAAGGUGGGGUAGGUAAGUUUGAGAAACCGGCUUGAGAUACACUUGUUGUUAUAUUCCAUGGAAUGCUCUUAACAUCCCGAUAGCAAUGAAUAUCUGAAGUGCUUUGACAAAAAAUCCAUAAAAAAAUGUCAUCUCUGGAAGCCGUAGCGCUGUAAAAAGCACGACCAAUCAUCUGAGCCGGCCCGGCUAAAAUAACUGGAUGGCCUACCUGCCUGUCAGCCUUUCAUCUGUGUACAAGUUUAUCUCGUGCCCUCAUUGGUCAUGUGCGCGUUCGUGUGUUGGAGGAGGGGCUCUGUAAGGAAGUGGCAGAUUUGUUCCGGCUGUGUAUUUUCAAAUUCUAGAGCACUCAAGCUGGUUUCUCCAAAAUUACCUACCCAACCUUUAACCACACAUAUAACCUCAACUUUGUAUGUGACUCCAGAUAACCAAAUAGUGUGCAUCAUUGCUAAAAAUAGUAUUAAAGAUUUUUCACUCAUAUUUUAAACAAUGAUAAUUGAAUACUGUGGUUUAGUGAGCUUCAAUAUUUGUUUUAUAUCAUUUGUCAAAGGUUACAACUGUGAAUUUGUAACAUUAGUUUGAGGUUGUCUCCAUCUGUUGGUUCAGUCUGAUAAACUUGAGACAGACUGGCGACCAACUUGUAUUAUUCUCUUUUAAACUGUUCUAAGCAAGUACAAGGAAAGAAGCAGCACAAAAAAAAAUCACAUCCUAACAAGCAUGUUGCAUCUGUCAUUCUUCUUUUAUAAUCAUUAAACCAAUUACAUUGUGAA